AUGGCAUGUGCUGUCAAUGAAGCUAUGGUUGCAUUCAGAGGAAGGCUUGAUUUCCGACAGUAUUUGUCGUCAAAACCGACCAAAUAUGGGAUCAAAAUUUGGAUGCGGGCAGAUUCCCACAAGGGCUAUUGUAACGAUUUUAGCGUUUACUUGGGGAAGCCUAAAGAUGGUACUCGUCAGGUAGGCCUUGGUAAAAAGGUAGUUGAAGACCUAACAGAGCCACUGUAUGGUACGAACAGUCACAUCUACUGCGAUAAUUACUUCUGCAGUCCUGCAGCCCUGCAGAAAGGCUUGUAUUGCUGCGUAACUGUCAGAUCAAAUGUAAAGGGGCUCCCUUUCGAUCUUGACUCGAAGAAAAAGGUGAACAACCUCAAAAAGGAUGGCGGAGAUUCCAAGCAAUUCCAAAAUGAUGGGAUUCUUGUUUCUGCUUGGCGCGAGAAGAAGGGGCACAAGCCAGUUCUGGUUGUAUCAACAAAUACCGAUCCAAGCGAAGGCCCAACUAUUAUCAAUGGGCGUCAAAAAGAUGGGACCAUGAAGGAAGUUCCUUGCGUUUGGCCAAUUGUCAAAUACAACAACUUCAUGAAUGCUGUUGACCACAGCGAUCAGCUUCGCACACUAUAUCCUACAGCCCGUUCAACGAAGCGCUGGUGGCUUUAUAUUAUGUGGUUUCUGUAUGAUAUUAGCCUGGCAAAUGCUUUAAUUUGUUUGAAGGAAUCAGAAAACCACAAAAAGAUCAACUCAAGAGGCAUUGCGGUAGCCCCAAGUGUCUUGUCGUUCAAGAAGGCAAUCGCAAAGUACCUCCUUGAAGGCCAAAACUAUCGCAAGCGAAAGGCCUCCAAGGGAGGACACUGGCCAAAAAAAACGAAGACUGCCAGAAGAUGCAAAAAAUGCAUUGCUGAGAAGAAACGGGCUGAAUCAAGGAUCAUUUGCGACGGGUGCAGCAUCAAUGAUUCUGUCCAUCUUUGCAUUGACUGUUUUAGGCCUUUCUACGAAAAGAACAAUAAAUUUUUUGACCUUUUUAACAAUUUUCUAACCACCAUAGUGUUUUACUUAAAGAAUUUAACUCUUUUGCAUUGUUUUUUCUCUUGUAUGUAUGUAAAAAGACCCAAUGGUUUUUGA